AUGGGACGCGUCACCCUGCCAGUUGCAUACCCGGCCUCUGCAGAUGGCGUCAAGCACUUUAGCUCCCGACUUCCAUCGCCACUGAUUUCGUGUCACGCCCGGCCUUUGUUUACGGUUGCAGGUCAACCAGACAGAGACGCGUCUCACCGAGGCCGGAGUCGAUGCCUUGCCGCGCAACGGCCUGUGCAGCUCUUCGCGAGCCGACCACCGCUGCCCUCACCUUUUCUUCGACUCCCUCAGGUUCCCCAAUACAUUCGCGCCUUCUCUUCUCUCGUGAUAUCGCGAAGCAACAAGCGAGCAGGGGAUUCAACUGGCCGGAGGUCUAGACGGGGGGGUGGCAGACAACGAUUUCCGCAGAGCCCAGCAGCAGGCGGGGACGGAGAAGCGGAAUCGGAGUGCGACGAGGACGGACUUCCUGGGGUUGUCAGGAGAUCUCUCCAGAACUCUCUUGCGCCUCACGCCGUUCCGGUUUCUUUCUGGCAAGCGCAAGCCGAGCAGGCGCUGCGGCUCCUGCCCUCGCUCCUCCCAUUCCACUUGGCGACCUUGCUUCUGGCGCACGCUCGAGCCGGCGUUCGCCACCCACCCCUGGCAGCCGCGAUUGUGAACCAGUUUGCAGACCUGACCAUGCGACAGCGGUACCACCCCCUCCUGCUUUCUCCUCGCCCAUCCGCCAUGGCCUCUCAGGCCUCGGUGGAAGGGGGCGUCAACCUGAAGAAGCGUUCCACGUGCAGCAAACCUUCGCCUGCUGAGUCGGAGAAGGAGUUGCAACGGGUGGACUUUGCAGCCUUCUCGACUGUGCUCUUGUCGCUUGAACGGCUGCAUCUGCUUCAUCACCCGCUGGUCUUCGAACCUGCGGAGCGACUUCAGCGCGUCCUUCUGCACCGCCUGCAGGGGCACUGCGACGCGUUCACGUUUCGGCAGCUGAAGCGACUCAUGCUGCUCCUGGCGAAACUCGCUGCGUUGGCUAGCACGAGAAGUUCGCGUCGGGGCGUACAGGACGCGAGUGGGGAAGCAUCUGACGCAGGAGGGGGGGACAGACGCAGACCGCUAGAGGACCAGGGUUUUCUGGUGGAGGUGAUGGUCGCCGCGGCGGAGAAAGCGGUGGACGCGGAUCGGCCGCAAAAUGACGCCGGGGCGAAGAAACGAACGACGCUUGAUGAUCGAGAAAUGUUUUCGGUGGUUUGGUGUAUUGGCAGAUUUGACCAGAUGAUUUUCUCCAAGGUUCUCCGAAAUCGCAGAACCGCACUCGCUGCUGGAACGCUCCCUGAAGGCGGGAGGAUGCCAGAGAACGGCUUGAUGGAGGAUUCGCAGUGCCAGGCGUGUCGACGCACGAGUAAACAUAGUCUCGGGGCAACGAAUGGGUCGCCACCUGACGGCGAGCCCGACUGCAGGGACGAACAGGAGGGUGACGACGAUGGAUUCAGCUGCAAGUGGGGACCCGGAGGCAGUGCAUAUGAGCACUCCGAGAAAGAACUGACAGCAGACAUGGCCAACAUGUACGCGCAAGCUCGCGAGAAGCUCCUGGAGCGUGCUAUACAAGGCAUCCGAGCGAUUAUCCUUUCAAGACUCCGAUGUGCGCCGCUGGACGCUGCAAUGGCAUUGGAUGCGUUUCUCGUCUUCAAAGACCCAUAUAUGAGCGCCAAGGCGGAGCACUAUUUGUCGUUUCUUCUUCGCACCGCCUCCUUGGAGGAGCUCAUCACACUUGCCGACGGUUUCAAGCACUUACGUAUCGCUCAGCGGCGGGUCUGGGAUAUUUGGUGUUUGCAUGCUGAGCGUGGCGUCACGUCCUACGUAGUCGCGUAUGAGCAAUGGGAAGGCAGUGGGGAGCUUCCGCGCCGAUGCCCUUCAGCAGACACACUGAACGCGGUGCGCUCGUGGUUCACGGCACUGCGCCACCCUUGCUCGCAGGUGGACACGUUGCAAGAGAAGCACGCACAGAGAACGGAACCCACAACUGGGGAUGUGGGUACGAAGGACGCUUGA